CGACAGCAAAUAAGCAAAGACCUUAUUGUAAUGUACACGUGUUACUCUAUCUCUGAGCAGGAAUAAUUGAGGACAGGGCACAUUAAUAACAGUGGAGAGGGGUUCAAAGUGUUUUUGGGGCGUAACUAUACGGAGACUUGUAAACAACGAGAACAAAAUGAACAAAGCAGGACCUGUACCUCCACAAUAUGGGCCACCUCCAGCUGCACCUCCAAGCUACUCCCAGGCUGUGGGUGGAGUACCACCAUCUAGCCCCUUCACUCCUGGGCAUUCAUUAUCAGGAGGGCCAACAAUUGUCACAACAGUGGUUCCUGUGGGCCCACAGCCAACUCACAUGAUUUGUCCAUAUUGCCAUGCUGAGGUUGACACUGCUACAAAGACAGAACCAGGAUUAAUUGCAUAUAUUUCUGGUGUUGUUAUUGCUCUUCUUGGCUGUUGGCUUGGUUGUUGUCUCAUACCUUGCUGCAUUGAUGAAUGUAUGGACGUUCAUCACACAUGCCCUAACUGCAAGGCAUAUCUGGGACGCUACCGCCGAUAAUGCUAGACUCUGGGUCAUGAGUUAUGAAUAAACAAAGCUUAUUGAAUUUCUAAUACUCACCAAUGCAAUACUCAUUAUAGUAGUUUUAUUUUACUACACUUUUUGAAUUGCAGUGUCAUUUCAGCGAGACACUGCAACCAUUAAUGACUAAGCAUAUAUAUAUAUACAUACAUACAUAUAUACAUAUAAUAGUACCUGUUAAAUAAUAGAUUUAUUGCUGGUGUUUUUCAGCAGUAUAUGUUUCAGCACAAAAUUAAAACUGAUUAAAAAUCGCUGUAAACGUAAUUUUUAAUGUUGAGCUGUCAUUUUGGGAUGUCAUAUAUUUUUAUAAGAAGUUUCCAUUUUUCCUUACUGUGUUUCUAAUUGAGUAGUUCUUGUGUAGAGGCUUUUGGCUGUUUUUAGGUGUCUUUGCUUAUAAAUAUCAUUGUCAAAUGAAUGUUUGCAAGUUCUCUGACACAGAAAAUAUAUUCACUGGGAUUAAAAGUAUUUUUAUAUCUUUAACAGCAGCUCUGUUUAAGAACUGUGCUGUUGCAUAGUUCUUAGUCAUGGGUCUACUUUCAUUGGCUUUGGGCAGUGAUCAUCUCCAAAAUGUCCUUUAUCUCAUCCCUUAUAGAUAAAAGAAAAAUUUGGCAGCUCUUUAUAAGUCACAAUAAUAAUAAUUCAUUCUCCUAAAUACUACCAUCUUUUUAGUGUGUAUACCAACAUACAUUUGACAGUGGCCCGGCAAAACACGUGAUUGCAGUCUCCUUUUGGUAAUAUCACUUGCUGUCCUCUUGAAAAUAUGUGAACUAAUGAAAUAUAUCCGUGGUACUGUAAAUUUCCUUGCUUUGCCAGUACACAAAGAUUUGUGAUUACUGUAAACAUAUUUUUGUCUCAGGAUACCCUUCCAGUGACUUUUGCGCAGCUAUUGGAUCCUGACUGUCCUAAUCUCUUGCUCUGCAUGCCCUCUUACUAGUGUAAUGUGUACAUUGUUUUGAAAGUUACUUUAUCAGGCUGUUAUGGAUUCUAAAAAUAUCCAUUUAACAUUAUAUAUACUCUGUUUACUUUUUGGUGUGAAAUAUUGUGUCCAUACUAAUUAAUUUAUGUGCGUAUGAAGGUAGAUUGAAAAGCUACAGUCACAUAAAACAAACAGUUGUAGCAUAGAGAGGGCAGCACACAAUAAUAAUAAUAAUAGCUUUGAGCUUCCAUAACACUCUCAAGCCUAUGGAAAUUGGGAAAUGGAAGGCACAAAGAAGCAGCAGAAGUAUAAAUGAAAUAGUAUGUAACAAGGAUUCAUAUCAGCAAAAUUAAUUUAUCAUGUACACCUGAAUAUGCACACAUUGGAAAGUCCAGGAUGGAAUAGCAACAGUAUUAUGGAAAUGAUAGAGUGCUAAUCACUGUAUAGAGGAGACACAGUCACAGACAGGCACAACAAAAAGACUGCUAUACAAGCUUUUGGACAAAAGGCCUAGUUUCAAAGAAGAAAAUUCCUCUCUCUCUCUCUCUCUCUCUCUGUCUGUCUGUCUGUCUGUCUGUCUGUGUGUGUGUGUGUGUGUGUGUGUGUGUGUGUGUGUGUGUGUGUGUGUCUGUCUGGACACUGUGAUCCGACCAUGAACUGCCUUCCAUCAGGUGCAGCUGAAGUCCAUGAUCGAGCUUCAGCAGCCAGUCAGUGGUCGUGUGUGUGUGUGUGUGUGUGUGUGUGUGUGUGUGUGUGUGUGUGUGUACGUACUUCAGAAGAAGGCCUUCUGGCUGAUAGCUUGUAUAGCAGUCUUUUUCCCUGUGAUGGUGACUCAGUGCCUCUUCUGUAUGGCGAGUAGCACUCUAUCCUUUCCAUAACAUAUUUAUAUGUGUCAUUUGAUGUGGGGGUUGACAUACUGUUGGGCUAACGUUUAUUCUGCUCAUGUGUGUAUGGCUUUUUCAUAACUAUCCUAUAGAUUUUGUGUUCAUCUUGGUAUUUACUUUGCAAGAAUAGUUUGUGGUAGUGUAACUAUUUUGCUCAUAUGUUAAUGGCUCAUUUUUAAACACAUUAAAAUAAAACAACAGAGUGUGAAUAUUUUGUUAAGAGAAGUAAUGCUGUAUGUAUCUAGUAUAGCCUUAUAACUUGGUAUUCUCUUUCAUAAAUAACACAAAAUGAAAUGAGGGCUUAUUGGCCACAAUUAUGGUAACAGUAGUUGGUUCUAGGUAGUUUCCAUUGUGAUGUGCAAUGAUUUAUGAAGAACUCUUGUUCAGUUUUAAUUAAAUCUCAUCCAGCAGCAUUUAUUAACAGUUGUUAAUUGAAAAAAAGCUGAUAAGAUUGUUUUAGAGAUUGAAGUUUAGUAUUUACCACAUUUUUGUCUUUUAAAGAUUUGGAAUUGCAAGAUAUGGAAUACUUAAUGAAUGCACACACAUCUGUUUCGUCAUAAAGACUGCACUGGAGACAUCUUGGUGGAAACACAUGUUAUUUAACCCGUAAAUGUCUUUUACUCAUUUAUAUUAUGUUAAUUGUUCUUGUAACUGUAUGUUAGCUUUUAUGGGCUUCCAAGUUCUGUAUUUUAUGCAUGACGUAAGUUUUCAUGACUAACUCAAAUUUUCAUUUAUUGUUUUAGCAAUUUAAUUUUCUCUGUCUUACAGUUGAACUAUCCAGAAAAUCAAAAUCCUAUUGAUAUAAGUUGUUUUUGGUAGUUUUACCAUUUAAACUGUGGAAUUCAAAUGGCUGUCACUUCCUUAUGAAAGUAAUGUUUAAUGUAAAACAGACAAUAAGUUGUAUGGCAUGUCUUAAUGUUUGUACAAACUGUGGGAGCUACACAAAUACACAGUAACAUACUUACUCAUGCUCAUAUACCUCAAAUUCUGCAGGGACACAUGUUCAUAGGUUGUUGUGAAUAGCAUAUCAUUUUUCAGAAAUGUUGAGAGUAGUUUUCUUUGAUUUUAAUUUUGAGAUAACAUAUCAGCUGCAUAAAAUAAAGGUCUAUAAGAGCUGAGUCCUCAAUGAAUGAAAUCUAAUUCUUGCACAUUCAGGUAAUGCUUAUCACACACUGUUUAUAAUAUUUUUGCUGUCCGCCAUCGGUAGCUGAAAGGUCAGCGUGACAUGAUGUCAAAUCUAAGGGCCCGGGUUCAGUUCCCAGCUGGGUCGGAGAUUUUCUCCGCUCAGGGACUGGGUGUUGUGUUGUCCUAAUCAUCAUUUCUUCCCCAUCAACGCGCAAGUUGCCAAAGUGGCAUCAAAUCGAAAGACUUGCACAAGGCGAAUGGUCUACCCGAUGGGAGGCCCUAGUCACAUGACUUUUACAAAAUAUUUUUGGUAUACAUGUUUCACAGAAUGUGCUGAAUAUGUACAGUUCCUAUGCUGUAUCUUGACAAAUGUUGACAAAUAAUAUGAAUUAAAAAAGAAAGAGUGAAUCCUGUAGUAAAAUGUAAGCAUUUUUAUUCUGUGUAAUCACUAAAGGAAAGUAAUGACACUAAGUGAUUAACUGCACUCAAAUACAUCUAACAUGAGACUACCCAUCUUAAUUUUUCAAUUUCUCCACAGGUGAUGAAGCAAGAUACUGUCGUAUUUCACGUAUGCCUUCACAUCUUAUGAAAAAUUCAUUAAAAGUUCAAGUUUAUCCUCUAUCCUCCCCAUCUUUUCCCCUACUCACUUACAUGUUAGACUAUUGUUGCUCAUGUCCUGUAUUUUCUGCAGCUUGUAAGUUUGACCCAUUUUUAUAGUUGUGAAAACACUGUAUACUGUUAAAUUAUGGGUUUGUGUCCUCUGUCGCAUAGCUCCCCCUCCCUCUACCUCUCUGUUUAAGUCACUUGGUCGUUCAUGUAUCUGCAUAGUUUGCAUAUUUUCAUUGUAUGAAUUUAUUGUUGCCAGACCAGUAGUGUGUCUCCAUUUUUUUUGUGUGUAAUUGUACUUAACCCAAAACUGAUCCUCUUUCCUAAAGGUUUCAGUGUCCAUGGAACAUUGUACAUUCCAAGAUUGUACACUCCAAUAGAAAUAGCAUUUAUGUUCAUUUGAAGUGCUUGAGACUUUUUCUUGGGCAUUUCAUUCCCAUGGAACUGUGCUCUCUUAAAAAUCUGUGUGAAAUAAGUACACAAGGCAUCACACUGCAGCCUAUGCAGCAAAGUGAGCUUGUAGUAAGACCAUUAUAGUUCACUAAAUGUUGUUUUAGUGGAUUUUAUUCUGAUGCAGAAUUUUUUAGGGACUUCUGCUUAACUAUUCUCAUUGCAGUUGAUGUAAAAUAAUAAUUUUGUACAUUAAUAUGUACUUAAAGAAGAGUUCACAGAGUGUCAGAUAUACUGCAAUUUUUUUGUGCUUUUACUUGCUUGACAUUCAUCAAGAUAAAUAUUUACAUGUUAUGAAACAAUUGGGAUUGCAUUUUUGAAUUUGAGUGAUGGGUUUUACAUAGAUCAUGACCAGAUACUGGCAGUGUAUUCAGUCUUGAUGCUACUUUUUUUUUUCCUUAGGAGGGAAAUACCAAAUUUAAAUGUGUCUCAAAAGCAAUACUUCGUUAUAAAAAUACUUACCUGAAUAUUUUGCCUGAAUUGCCUUACAUGAGGACAUGUAAAUAUCUACAAAUGAAAGUUUUUUUGUAACUCAAUAUAUUGUGUAAGUUUGUGGUGAAUCAAUCCCACUGUGCUAUUCGCAACACACAGAAAAUUUCAAUUACAAAUGUUGCAACAAAUAUUAUCUUCAUCCUCUGUGAAAUAUUGCACAUCCUCUAUGAAAUAUUACACAGUUUUCAUCACUCAGAAUUACUAAAUUAAAGUGCGAACAAAUAAUUUUCUUUAUGUUUAAUAACAGAUGGGAAAAAGAGAAGCAGUCAAAGCUCACAAACACACAUUUUUGUAGCAAUGUAGAUCACAACAGCUAUCCACAAAGCUCUUAUACCCUAAUCAGUGCAGUGACACACAAUUGCUCUGAUUUUGACAAAUGUGAGCACAUGGUGCAAGUGCUGCCACAGUACUGCACAUAACCACAUAACCUUCCUACCUCUACACAUAAGUUGUAGAACUUUGACCUCUCUCUUCCACUCCUAUUAACAACUUUGAGCAGUUCCCUCUUUGGAAUGAAUUUAUAGAUAACCUUUGGGAAAAGUUGAUGGAAGCCACCACAAAGCUAUACACAGUGUUUAUUUGAUAAUAUAGGAAGUUGUAUGUGUUCAAAUUUAACAUUUUGAAAAUUUUUGCCACUAGCAUGAGUGCCUUGAAAGGUGGCCACUUAAUCCAAUUCUGUCACUUCCAAUACAGUUUGCCACCAUUUUAAUAUAUUUAUAUUUGUGGUUUGAAUUCAUGCUGGAAUUGUGUUUCUGACACAAGUGACAAUUUAAUCUUAUUUAGUAAAAAAGGUGUUGUUAUUUUGGUAUUAAUUUCUCACAGGGAAGAAUAUCAGCAACAUUUCCCCCAGAAAAUCUAUUUGUAUUGUUGCAUGUGUGCACUUCUCUCUGCAUCCCCUCCCUCUGUCUCCUGCCCUUGCAAUAAUGUUAUAGUCUUCAAUUUAAUGUGUCCUCUCACAGUAGGUAUAAUGGUACUCAUGUCUUGUGCUUGAGUGCAUGUGCAGGCACAAAUAAUUAUCUUUUGUCACAUUUUAAUGAGUUUUCUGUUUUUUUUUCCUCUCAGUUAAGAUCAGUUGUUUGGGUGGUCAGCAUUCUGUGUUAAUUCUUCACUGUAUGUAAGCAAAACUGUAUCCUGAAUGAAUAUUUCACUCUGUAGGUGUGUGUGCUCUGUUUUGAAACUUCUUGAGAGGUUGAAAUGGUGUGCUGGGUCUGGGAUUCAAACCUGGAAUCCUGCCUUUAGCAAGAAAUGCCCCUACCAUCUGAAUUACCUGGGCAUGACUCACGAUUUGUCUUCAUAGCCUCUGUUCUGCCAAGACCUUUUUCCUAUUUUCCAAAAUUCACAGAUCUCCUGCUUACAUUGCUAGACUAGCACUCCUGGAAGAAAUAUUCUGGGUUCAAGAACCAGUCCAGCAUGCAGUUUUAAUCUAAGUUCCAUAAAAUUAUGUGAUAAAGUGAUGUAAUUAACAAGUUGAGCUUCUUUAGGUAGUAACUGUAUUGUAUGGUGAAAUUGCAUUUUCAUUAUUUGAUGUAAAAAUACAACACCUUACAUAGAAUGUGCUACAGUAUUUCUGUAUCAGCCCACUUGAGAUAUGUUUAAUGCAGAAAUUUUGGCUGAGCAGUAUCACAUGAUGUUGUAAUGAUUGCUGUUUAUCCAGAAAUUUCAGGCUGACCUGGAUAAAGCUAAUUUAUUAAGCUUUAAUUAAACGUAUUACUUCACUUUGCUGGCUUGAGUGGUAUAUUGAUUUACAAUGAAUUUUGCUUCCUAUAUGUAUAAAAUUUGAUAACUUGCGAAGAAAACACGUUGGUGCUAUUUCAAAUAUGAAAUAAUAAUCAUUGUUUACUUGUUGUAUUGUGGGUUGUAUACUUGUUAUCCAUUCAUAGAAAAGGGAAAAAUAUAAUCAAUCAUGUUUCCUUUUUUACUGUCAUAUUUCUAAAAUUUAGAUGUUUUAUCUAAUAUUAAUGUAUAUGAUGAACACUGUAAGUGGCCUUAAAUUUAUGUAUUACUUGCUAUUAUGCUAUGUAUACAAAUGAAAUUCUGGCACAAAAUAUUUUGCCUACUCUUUCUGAAAUAUAAGUUUGCUUUCAGUU